CGUCACGCAACUUGCUUCAUCAGUUGGUAGAGUAGUUGAAAGAUUUACAGAAUUACAGAGUCGAUCUCCCGAGUUGUUUCCUGGCAUUCGCUGUCAUCUGGAUCAUCAGUUUGUCCAGCUUCGAAGUUUUGGAAAAGUUCUCGCUUCGACAUGACUUACCGCUCGGACGGUACUCCGAUGACAGGGAUGGACCGGCCGGCGCCAAGUGGACGUCAUAACAAGGCGUGCGAUCAGUGUAGUCACCGCAAGAUCAAGUGCAAAAGUCAACCAGGAGACUCGGCAUGCUUACCGUGUCUGCGGAGCGAUAUCCCCUGUACGCGGCAAAAGACGAGGAAAAGAAGGCAUAUCCACAUCCCAAACUUUGAGAGCGCUCAGUCCAGUCGUUCCCCAGAGCCUUCUUCUCUUCAGAAGCAUGCGGGGGCAUCCUCUUCGACAGCUUCGAGUCAUGAGUUUCGGGAUACCUCUGCACCUCCCGAUAGGGGAAGUACCGAGGUAUCAGGAGAGCCUAGUGGCCCAUACCCGCACUUCUCGAUGAGACCACCGGACUUUACCCCAUAUAGCUACAAGCACUUCGACCCUACUGCGCCGCCUCAAGCGUCGAGUUCGAGCUCUGGCCAACGUGAUCAUCAGAACGAUCUCGGCAACGACGAACAAAGGUUUCCUAGCAAUGGAGGCAGGUCGGAGGACACCUUGACGGGAAUGGACUGGUUGCAAACCACAUCGUUAUUUAACGACCCAGACCUGAUGUCGGCUCUGAUCGAUCUUGGCGCUUUCGCUACCGAGCCUAAUGUCAACGGGGGCUUAGCGCAUCCUUCCGUUCCACCAAGAUAUGCUUCAGAUGAACCGAUAUCACUUGCAUCAUCUGAUCCGACACCUCCUCAGAUCCAUACCGGGUCCUCAGACAUUCUUUUCCAAAGAGACUUUCUGCCGUCCUACGGCAACAUCGCCGGCCGCUUAGAGCGGUACUUCUCGACAGUACACAGGAUCAUGCCUUCAGUCUGUCAACCGGAUAUCGAGAGCGCUUUCAAGAACCGACUUUACGAGACUUCGGAGAAAUUUCGACUUCUUAUCCUCUCCGUCCUCAGCGUGGCCGAAGGGAUGGAGUCCCCCGAAAAUGAGACCCAGUCGGGACGAUCUUCCUCUCCCACAGCUCUACAGCUGCUCACCCGGAUCAACGGAGUGCCCGACGACCUGUCCACGUUGGGCUUCGAGCACGUCUUCGCCAACAUCGCCGCUUUCGUCUCGUAUGACCUGCGAGGAGACGGGGCGAAGGCGUGGUUCUACCUACAACAAGCCAUCACGCUUGCACAAUUGAAUGGCAUGGACCAGAUCGAGUCCUAUAAGCCAUCGGAAGACCAUUACCGGGCUACCCUUCGUAUGAAAGUGUAUUAUCAUCUAUAUCUCACGGAGAGGUCAUAUCUACUGCAUGGAUACAAUAGCGCUCGACCAGGCCGCUUGCUCCGGUUGCCAAAUAACAUCUGGAAAGACACUCGGGCCGUUCUCAAUGAAUUACCAUACGUGGCCUCAACCGGAAUGCCUAUUGAGCAACUCCGCCUGUACCAGAUCGUAGACUCUCGAGUCAUUCAAUGCUGGCGGGGCGCUUGUAGGGGGACCGCCGGAACUCGUUGCUCAGCCUGGAAGGUAGACGAAGCCGCCGAGAUCCUGGACAGUCUGACCCUAGAAUUCCGGAUCGCUGCCGAAGGCGGUCACCGGAAUCUGGACAGACCAUCGAAUAUGCAAGCUGUCACCUUGGCAAUACACGCCGCGUGGCUCCGGCAUGGGUUCUGGCGAAUGUUCAAUGCGCACGGUUUGACUGCGCCUGAUGGAAACUCGAGCUUGACCAUGGUAGCUCUCUGCCGGUAUACACUGAUCUUGAGCCAAUACUGUCACGGAUUGGAGUCGCACAAUCUGGACCCGACUAUGGAUUGGGCGUUGAAAAUCGUCGAUAUCGUGGAUAUCGCUGCGCAGUCACUCGCAGCAGCGAGACAAGAUCACCACUCAGCUCAACAAGGGUUUGACCGGUCACACGAAGAUAACAGGCAGGUCCUGAUAGCGGCGAUUUACGCGUUGAUUUCAUUCUUCACCCUUCACGCUGGCCAUGACAGCAAAUACGUCUCUUCGAUAACCAAAUCUUUGUCCGUCAUCGCUUGAGAUGCGGCAUAUUGCAUACGAGGAUCAGCCUGCGCGAAUAUCCUCUGAACCUGAUUUCAUGGGCUGACCGGCUUGAACAUUUCAAAGGCCGGCCGAUCUACACCCAAUGGAUAUCGAACG